UAUUUUUCUGUAUGUUUUCAAGAGAUGGAUUGAGAUUAGCAUUUGUUUCUCAUUUUAGGUUAUAUGUGAGUGCCCAUGUCGAUGGCAGCUGCAUCUAAUGUUUCAACAGAACUAUGUGAAGGAACCCAUCAAAGCCAUAACAAGUACUUGUGAGAAUGUUUCCAAAUCACAUUUAAUAUACACAUGCUGCACACAUAACUUGGAAGACUUCAUCCUGAUUUUGGAAAGAUGAAAGCAACAUUGUUUUGCAUAUAGUCACAAUCAAUGAGCUUGCAUAGUGUUAAAAUAAGAUAACACUUAAGACCCUUUGUAUCAAAAUGGACUUUGAAGAUCCAAGUUUAGGGAAAGAACUUACUUCAAAAUCUGGAGAGUCUGAGAAAGUACAAAAGAAAUGGAGACAGGAAAUGUUGGAUGUUGCCUCAAUGAACACUCUUGGCAGUGAAGAAAAAGAAAAGCAGCAGCAGGUUAAUCCUGAACAUAUUAGGAGCCCCACAUUAGAACAGCAGUUUAAUACAUUAAGAGCAGUAUCACAGAAUGAUUGUGUUCAAUAUGCCCCAGAAAAGCAAAAUUCACUGAAGCAUCCUAGUACCUAUGUCCAGCGACAUUCUCUUUCUUUUCCUCAACAUAAUGUUCACCAACAUAGGAUAGUGCACAACACCAAAGCGCACCACAGCCUUGAAGGACAUGUCUACCAAUUUCAUACUCAUUUGCCUGUUGCCUCUGAUGACAUGUUCUUCCAAAUACAUGGACACGGUGCAGGAUUCAGUAGAAAGAAAUUUACAGGAAUUACUUCUACUUAUAGCCAAUUUCCACAAAAGUGUAUGGAGCCAUCAGAUGAUGCUUAUAAGAAGGAACAAAAGCCCAAAAAACCUGGCAAAUACAUAUGUCCUUAUUGUACACGGGCUUGUGCCAAACCCAGUGUGCUGAAGAAACACAUUAGGUCCCACACAGGAGAACGCCCAUACCCAUGUAUACCUUGUGGUUUCUCUUUUAAGACAAAAAGCAAUUUGUACAAGCAUAGAAAGUCACAUGCCCAUGCUAUUAAAGCUGGAUUAGUUCCUUUUUCAGACUCUGCUGUUUCCAAGUUAGAAUUAGAUGCUUCUUGUAUUGAUGUGGAGACAGAAAUACAUUCUGAUGGGGAGCAGAGCACUGAUACAGAUGAAGAAACAUUAUUGCUUGCUGAAGAUUCUCAAAAAUCCACAAAUUCACAAAUUUCUCUGAAUGUAAAUGUUAGAAGUGAAGAUUAUUUAGAUGCAGCUGUACAAGCUUCUUCAGAUGACUCUUCAGGAGGUUCAAUGAAAGUGCCAAUACUUAUAAUCCCAAAAGGUGGCAUUCAGACACCCAGUGAAGCUGUUCAUUUGAUGGAAUCAGAGUUAAUGUACAACCCAUCAUUAAGUGGUAAAACAGAUGAUUCCCACACUGUUAGGCAAAAACUUGCAUUGCGGCUAACUGAAAAAAAAGUGCAAGACUCUGAAAAAUCCUUAAAUCUUUUGAGCCCACAUAGUAAAGGAAGCACAGACUCUGGCUACUUUUCACGCUCAGAAAGUGCUGAGCAGCAGAUCUGCUCUCCUAACGCCAAUGCAACGUCUUACGAGGAAAUUAUUUUUGGGAAAUACGGCAGACUAAGUCCAAGAUCCUCAAUGCCUAACCCAGAAGCUAGCUUCUUAGUUGUAAAUCCUGCUAUGAUUGAAGAGCACGUCUCACAUCUUAUAACAAAGAGGGAAGGCUUAGUAGAACAUGGUAAAUUUAAAAGUAUGAAGUACAGAUUAUCUGGUAUUCACACGUUUGAACAGCAUAAAUCCCAUUCAAUUACAGAUCCUGUUGAACCUAACACUAAACUGUAUCCAGAAUGUCAGCAUGACCAGGCAGUACUUUUAGCAGCUCCCGCUGAUACCUCUCCACUUAUAAGAAGCAACUCAAUGCCAUCUUAUGGAACAAAUUUAAGCAUCCCCCCUUCUAUAAGAGGAAGCCAUUCCUUUGAUGAGCAAGUGACUGGCACUGAUGAUGUAUUUUAUUCAGGGUCAGUUGGUGUUACACAUCAGAAACUGCUAAAGCGGCAAGGAGCUUUUGAGUUGCCCUCAGUCCUUGAGAGUCAUUCUGAUUUUGAUAGUUAUGCAAGAAUGUCCAAGAAUUUAACUGCAGUGUUCAACAGUAAAACAAUGCAUGACAAACCUUUAACCAAAGAAAAGAAAACUAGUUCAUUAGAAAGGGUUGUACAUGAUGUCUUAGGAGUUCCCCUUAAAAUAUGUGAUGAACUUGAAGUUCAAAAACAGCAAAUAGUUAAAGCAGGUGGAGAUAAUGUUACUGAAAUGAUGGCACCUUUACAGUCUCGAUUUGGAACUAUGGUUGAGAACAGGAAGCGGAGGAAAGAGAAAAGUGUUGGAGAUGAGGACGAUAAUACAAUGUCCUGCAGUGGGAUUGAAAGCCCAGUCAUCUCGGAUUUUGACAACAAACAUGGAGCAACAAGAUCAGGAAUUGUUGUUCAAGGGCAAGAGUAUCCUUAUUGUGUGCCACCAGAGCGUUUUGAUGUAUGUAGAUUAUAUACACAGUUAGGUUGCCCUUUGCCUGUUCUAGAUGAAACUGCUCCUGGUACUGAUUUGGACAAAAUGGUAGAUUUAAACAACAAAACACCAGGUAAUGUUAUCUCUGUAAUCCAGCACACUAACUCUUUAAGCAGGCCAAAUUCUUUUGACAAAUCUGAGUCUACAGAACUUCUUGCAUACCAGCAAGAUAAAACAUGUUCGCCUUUUGAAACCUCUGACAGUGGAAACACUAUGUGUUCAAUGAGCUCAGACUGGGCACAGCUAACUGACAACCCUGUAGCCACAAGUCAACCAUCACAGCAAUCCCUACAAUCAGCAUGUCACAGACUGGUUCGCCAACACAAUAUUACUGUACCUGAAAUCCGUGUCACAGAGGAGCCAGACAAACCUGAGAAGGAACCAACGAUUCCUGUUAAAGAACCUGAAAAACCUCCAGAAGAAUUUCAGUGGCCUCAAAGAAGUGAAACCCUUUCUCAACUCCCUGCAGAGAAACUACCACCAAAAAAGAAGCGUCUUCGUCUGGCUGACUUGGAUAACUCAUCUGGAGAAUCCAGCUUUGAAUCCACAGGCACAAGUCUGUCUCGCAGCCCAAGCCAGGAGAGUAAUUUAUCCCACAGUUCAAGUUUGUCAAUGUCAUUUGAGAGGGAAGAACUCGUGAAGUCUACAACCCCUACUAAACAAGAAGAAUUAGGAAGGCAGUCAGAGUUUCUAACAGUUCCUCCUGGUUCCUGUUCUCUCUCUGUUUCAAGCCACCAUCAAAAAGAAAUGCGACGUUCCUCAUCAGAGCAGAUACCAUGCCCCAUACCUACAGAGACCCCUGAGAUUCGUAGCAAAUCUUUUGACUACGGUAACCUGAUACAUUCCUCAGAGAUGGAAUCAAGCACUGCAACUCUCUCUCCAGCUCGUGAAAGGAAAAAAUGCUUUCUUGUCCGCCAAGCUUCUUUUAGUGGUUUUCCUGAAAAUAUGCAGGCAGACCAAGAACUUAUUGGAUAUCAAGAACCAUCAGAUCAGAUGAAUAUCACUCGCAUAUCUCCACUUGGUUGGUAUCACUUACCUUCAUCUACAUUAUCAGGAUUAGCAAGCCUCCUUACUGAAAAUUCUGGAAAUAUAAUUGUUGGUACAAGUGCACAACCGACUAGUCCCUUAUCCCGCUAUUCACAGCAGACUGGCAGUAGCCACAAUGCACUUAAGGAUCCGUUAGCUCAUCAAUCUCAUUAUAUCUCUAGAAGACAUGUCUCUGAACAGCAGCAUCCUGAGAACAUGUUCUAUCCAGUCAUACAGAAUGCAGUUAAUUUACCUUUUACUUCAGUGUGUAUGAAUUCCUUACCAUCCCAUCAUCUUCUUUCAUGGCCAAAUUCUGCAGACCAAUUGCAAAGACAUUUCCAACCAAACUGGCCUUUACAGAAAUCAUAUUUAAAACCAUCAAACCAGUCAGAAUUGCAUCCUACAUAUUACUUAGAAGCAGCUCACAAGCAUGCUGAGCACAAACCAGUCAGUUAUAGUCAUGGAACAGAAAAGGUCUACCAGCCAUAUUUAGAAACAUCUGCCCAGACAUCCAAAAAUAUGCUUGUAAAGGUACAGAGGAACCACAGUGGUGGGUCAAGUGACUCUGAUCAACACCUCCAAAUCGUUACUGCUUCUGCGAACAGCAUUUCUCUUCAACCUAUGCCAGGAACAUUUGUUCCAGUCAGAAUUCAGACCCAUGUGCCAUCCUAUGGAAGUGUGAUGUAUACCAGUAUUUCACAAAUUGCUGUUACACACACAUCUACAAUCUGCAAAGAAUAUGGCAGCACAUCCCAAAGUAUACUAGCAACAACUGCAUCUAUGAGAAGCCUAGGAUUUAACAUAGCCCAGAUGUUAGCACCUUGUGGAGAAUUAGAACAAUAUCCUUUAUGGAAAAUGCCACAGACAUUAGCUCUUGACUUGGAAUCAGCCAUCCCAUUGUGUUUGUCUUCUAGCUCCGACAGUACUUCUGGAGGAGGAAAACGUGUACUUUCUCCAGCUAGCAGUUUGGAACUUUUCAUUGAGACCAAACAACAAAAGAGAGACAAAGAUGAAAAUAUGUAUGGGCAAAUAGUUAAGGAGCUCAGUGCAGUUGAACUUACUAGUUCUGACAUAAAAAAAACUCUGUGUCGAACAUCUAAACCACAGCUGGUAAGGCAAGGUUGCACCACUGAGCAAAAGAGCAGUUUUUCCUCUGCAUCACCGCGGCUACUACCUUUAUCAUCAGGUAAAGAACUGCCUGAACCUAAGGGCAGUGACAGUCCUGAAUGUCAAAUGUCACCAGACGAAUUAUAUGAUGAGGAUACGUCAUCAGAUAUGAGUUUAAGCCCACAGAGGACCCCAGGUGAAGGCCACCCAAACAGCAAUAAGCCAAAGAGUGGCACUUUAAAACAGAUGUCAGAUAGUUCCAGCAUAACAGAAAGGGCGUCAUAUAAUCCUGUUAAGGGUUGUACAGAACGUUAUUGUCUACAAUUCCCAAGCCUACGUACAACAACAACAGUCAGCUGGUGCUUUCUAAAUUAUUCAAAACCCAAUCAUAUAGAACAAGAGUCUAUGAAAUCGUCUGUUUAUGCUUCAUGGUGUACCAGCUCAUGCAAUCCUAACCCUUCAGGACUUAAUACAAGGACUUCUUUAGCACUUCUAAGAUCCAAGCAGAAAAAUAGUGUGGCAAUAUACACAAUAGCUGCUUUUCAGAAAUCUGGAGCUGACAAGUUAACAUCAUCAAGUAUGUGGAAGCUGCAGUUUGCCCAGGUGAAGCCUGAGUCAUAUCUCCUGGUAAGCAGUAAGCUUGAAAAGACAGCAACAGGAAGCAACAAAGAAAGGUCAAAGGGAGAACUUCAUGGAGAUAAAGAAAGUACCUCUAAAAACACUGAGCCAAUGCGGAUUAAAAUCUUUGAAGGAGGUUUUAAAUCAAACGAAGAGUAUGUAUAUGUUAGAGGACGAGGUCGUGGAAAAUACAUAUGUGAAGAAUGUGGUAUACGUUGCAAAAAGCCAAGCAUGUUGAAGAAGCAUAUCCGCACCCACACCGAUGUGAGGCCUUAUGUGUGCAAACUGUGCAAUUUUGCCUUUAAAACAAAAGGAAACCUUACAAAACAUAUGAAGUCAAAAGCUCACAUGAAAAAAUGUCUGGAGCUAGGAGUAGCAAUGUCAUCCAUAGAUGAUGUGGAGACUGAAGAAUCAGGAAAUAUUGAAGAUAUACAAAGAGAAUCAGAAAAGGGCAUAGCUGCAACAGAUCACCAGUUUUCAGAUGCUGAAGAAUCAGAUGUAGAUGAUGCUGAAGAGGAUGAGGAUGAUGAUGAGGAGGAUCUUGAUGACACCCAUGGAGAUUCUACACCGAAAACAAGAUCAAGGAGUACUAGCCCCCAGCCACCCAGGUUCUCAACACAGCGUGUCACAGUAGCUUCAGCAUGCCACAGAGCUUCACCAGAUGGUUCCAUAGGGCAUUCAUUCAUAACGAGUUACCUGUCCACUUUGCCUAGUAUUCAGGUUACCAAUCUCAUGAAACAGAGUACUACGCUCAGAGACUCACAAAUGGUGGAAUAUCCAACUCUUUCCUUUACCAGUCUAGAGUGUGACAGAGAUAAAAUAGAUGUACAUGAUGGCAUAGAUGAGGAUUACAUGCUUACUUCUGCACCCAGCUCCUAUUCCAAGGACCUCUCUUCUUGUAGCCGCCUUUCCUCACCAGGAUAUGAUCCUUCUCCUUGUAGAGACAAUUCACCAAAGAAGUACUUAUCACUGAGAGGAGAUUUGUCUCCCAGAAGGCACUUAUCACCAAGAAGAGAUGCUUCACCUAUGAAGCACUUAUCGCCCAGAAAAGAAGCAGCACUGAGGAGAGAAUUGUCUCCUGGAAGAGAUGUGUCACCAAGACAAAACAUUUCACCUCUGAGGCCAAUGUCACCAGGGAAAGAUAUGAUCUCUGGGAGAGAUUUGUCUCCAAGACGAGAGAAGAGAUACAUGGCCUCAUUUAGAGCACUUUCUCCACGAAGACGUUUACACCGUAACACAAGUUUACCUUCAAGUCACUAUUUACACUCAGACCCAGAACUUCUGGGACAUGGAAAUUUAAGAAAGAGCUGGACCCAGGUUCCAUAUACAGGACUCUCAACAGAAGAUGUUCCUGAACAUCAAAGCACUAGAAUGACUCCAGAUGAUCACAGUGACUAUAUUUUUAGCCACCUUCCAUUGCACUCACAGCAACAGAUUCGAGCACCUUUACCAAUGAUCCCGAUAGGGGGGAUCCAAAUGAUUCACUCAAUUUCUACAAUUCAGCCUGGUCCCCCUCCCUCUACAACCAAAUCCCUGAACCCAAGAAGCCCAGAGAAAGGAAAUAUAGCCUCUGAGUCAUGUAAGAUAUUGCAUCAUGAGAAACAUUUUUCUUCAAAAGACCCUUCAAGAGCUGCCUGGACCAUCUCAAAUGCAGCAAGGCAGCGCUUCAAACCAAUGGAAGGGGAGCAGGAAGAAAAUAUACAUACUUGCACAAAAGGCAUUGCUUGCCUAAGGAUUGCCACAGAGGAAGGUCUACCACUGAACCAGGACCAACUCUCAACUGAACCCAAUAAAAAAAAAUCAUUACGCGCACAGCUUGGCAUUAGGCACUUUACUGAACCUGAGGUAUGUCCUUCAACCACCCAUGUUGACUUGCACAUAGAAAAAGACAAUUUGAAUACAUGACCGUCUACACCAGCUCAUUCACAAUUCUAUAAAAGAUAUAGCAAAAUUAGGAUUUCAUAAGAAAGAGGAUCCACAAAACACACAUUAAGUGAAAGGCACAUCACCUGAAUCUAGUGAAUUCUGUUGACUUGGAUGGGCAUGUAAGCUUUAUGAGUUUUUCUUGUGGAAGAAAACACAUUCACGGCAUGUCUGAUUUACUUUAAAGAAAUUCUCCCUGAAAUUACCUUUAUUAGAACAAGUAAUUGUGUGUGUCUAUGUGUGUGUGUGUGUAUAUAUAUAUAUAUAUAUAUAUAUAUAUAUAUAUAUAUAUAUAUUCUCAAAUCACUAACUAUAUACCCCCCAAGAUCUGACCAAAAUAAACUUCCUUUUAUUGGGUCUUGAUAGUACUCAUUGUACAGAUGUUUGUGCCUUUUUCUUUCCUUUGCUUAUAUUCUUAUAAGCAUUUUAGCAUUACUCUUUAGAGUUUGUGUAUCUGCUUUGUAAUAAAUGUAAUUUCCUUGCCUUUUUGGGGCAUUGAGUAAAGUCAAUGUAAAGAAAAUAGCAUCAAUAUAUGUGAGGUUGCACUAAAGCAUAUUUUUUAUAUAACUGAACCUAAGCAGCUUUUAUGUACAGCUUUGUGUAAUACUGAUAUUUAUUUUCUUUAUUUCACAAAUUGUCCUUUUUUUCUUAAUGUUGUGAAUUACUUUUUUCUAUGUGAAGCAUGAGGCUGCAUAAUUAGAACAGAAAUGUAUAGUGUAAACAAGAUGUUUAAACUGAAAAAAAUGGUUAAGCAAAUCCGAUUAAGGGUGUAAUGGUCCGUUUUUAACGCUUGUACUAUUGUGUCCUUUGCUGAAUUGAUUAUAACUUAAGUGCUGAUUGUGAUUUUAAAACUAUUGUAAUGUAAAGCAUUAAAAGUAUGAAUGUG